CAGGCAACGCGGCACAAUGCAACGCGGUGGGAGGCAGACUCGGCUCCCCUGCGCCGCUGGGAAGCGGCUGCCCCUCCCUCCGGAUCACACAGGGUUUUUGCAGUAGUGGUGACAGCCGGAUUGGGCACCAGGGAAGCAAUUGAUUCGUCUACUGCCCGCAGCCCAGAGUUGCCUACGCUGCCCAGAGAGGGAGAGAGGAAAGAGAAGAGGGGAGAGAGAGAGAGAGAGAGAGAGAGAGAGAGAGAGAGAGAGAGAGAGAGAGAGAGAGAGAGAGAGAGAGAGAGACUUACAAAACCUUCCAUCCAUGUGGAGUAGUCUGAGCGGAUCACUGUCCACCAUCUGCAGACUCCCAACUGUACUUAGUUUUCGCCUCUGACGGGGGCAUAUCUGCUGGUCUUUCAAGCCAAGUCCCUGGGACUUAACAUCUUCCCCCGGCAGGGAGUUGGCAAGAAUUUGGCUCACCCAUUCUGCUGCAAUCCUCCACUGUCCUGGUGUGACAGCCUUCCAACAUGACUGACACUGUGGUGAACCGAUGGAUGUAUCCUGGUGACGGCCCGCUGCAAUCCAAUGACAAGGAACAGCUACAGGCAGGAUGGUCCGUCCUUCCAGGUGCGCAGACCGACAGACAGAAGAAGCAGGAAGAGCUGACAGAUGAGGAGAAGGAAAUCAUCAACCGGGUGAUUGCUCGGGCGGAGAAGAUGGAGGCUAUGGAACAGGAGCGCAUUGGGCGCCUGGUGGACCGUCUGGAGAACAUGAGGAAGAGUGUGGCUGGGGACGGCGUGAACCGCUGCAUUCUGUGUGGGGAGCAGCUGGGCAUGCUGGGCUCUGCCUGUGUCGUGUGUGAAGACUGUAAGAAGAAUGUCUGCACCAAGUGUGGGGUAGAGACCUCCAACAACCGCCCACAUCCGGUGUGGCUCUGUAAGAUCUGCCUUGAGCAGAGAGAGGUCUGGAAGCGCUCAGGAGCAUGGUUCUUCAAAGGUUUCCCCAAACAGGUCCUUCCACAGCCCAUGCCUAUAAAGAAGACCAAACCCCAGCAGCCUGCUGGUGAGCCUGCUGCCCUGGAGCAGCCUACACCUGAGUCCAGGCACACAGCGCGUGGGCCAGCUCGAGGUGACAUGGAGGACAGGAGGGCUCCAGGUCAGAAACCAGGCCCUGACCUCACCUCUGCUCCUGGGCGUGGAAGCCACGGGCCUCCCACGCGCAGGGCUUCUGAGGCACGAAUGAGUACAACUGCACAGGAUUCGGAGGGCUGGGACCAUGGCCAUGGUGGGGGUGCUGGAGACACCAGCCAGAACCCGGCAGGUGAUCGAGGUUUGAGGCGGGCUAACUCAGUCCAGGCCUCCCGACCCAGCCCAGCCUCAAUGCCAAGCCAGCCUCCUCCCCAGCCCGUGCAGCCAGGGCCCCCAGGGGGCAGCAGGGCCGCGCCUGGGCCAGGACGCUUUCCAGAGCAGAGCGCAGAGGCCCCUCCAGGUGACCCUGGCUAUCCAGGGGCUGUUGCCCCAGCCCGGGAGGAGAGGACAGGCCCCGCUGGGGGCUUCCCGGCAGCGCCCCACACUGCACCCCUCUAUUCCCAGGCGGCCCCUGCCCGCCAGCCGCCACCUGCAGAGGAGGAGGAGGAAGAGGCGGAUAGCUAUGAUUCUGACGAAGCAACCACACUGGGUGCCCUGGAAUUCAGUCUUCUCUAUGACCAGGAAAACAGCAAUCUGCAGUGUACCAUCAUCAGAGCAAAGGGGCUGAAGCCCAUGGACUCCAACGGCUUGGCGGAUCCCUACGUGAAGCUGCACCUGCUGCCUGGAGCCAGCAAGUCCAACAAGCUUCGCACGAAGACCCUGCGCAACACUCGGAACCCCGUGUGGAACGAGACGCUGCAGUACCAUGGCAUUACGGAGGAGGACAUGCAGAGAAAGACACUCAGGAUCUCUGUGUGCGAUGAGGACAAGUUUGGCCACAAUGAGUUCAUUGGCGAGACAAGGUUCUCCCUCAAGAAGCUGAAGCCUAACCAGAGGAAGAACUUCAACAUCUGUCUGGAACGGGUGAUCCCGAUGAAGCGUGCAGGGACCACUGGCUCAGCCCGAGGCAUGGCACUGUAUGAGGAGGAGCAGGUGGAGCGAAUUGGCGACAUAGAGGAACGUGGCAAGAUCCUGGUGUCCCUCAUGUACAGCACACAGCAGGGCGGCCUCAUUGUGGGCAUUAUCCGCUGUGUGCAUCUGGCUGCCAUGGACGCCAAUGGCUACUCAGACCCCUUCGUCAAGCUCUGGCUGAAACCGGACAUGGGGAAGAAAGCCAAGCAUAAGACCCAGAUAAAAAAGAAGACCCUGAAUCCUGAGUUUAAUGAGGAGUUCUUUUAUGAUAUCAAACACAGUGAUCUGGCCAAAAAGUCCCUGGAUAUCUCCGUGUGGGAUUAUGACAUCGGCAAGUCUAACGAUUACAUCGGAGGCUGCCAGCUGGGCAUCUCUGCCAAAGGUGAGCGCUUGAAACACUGGUAUGAGUGUCUGAAGAACAAAGACAAGAAGAUUGAACGCUGGCACCAGCUGCAAAACGAGAACCACGUGUCGAGCGAUUAGGACCUGGCGCUCCAGGGUCCCCAUCUCUUCCCCAGCUGUUCUCUCCUCUCCGAGCCUCCCUUGCCAACCUUGAGCCUUUGAUGUCUCCUUCACUUCAGUUUCUGCUACCAAAGACCCGCUCUCUGGGCUGCAGGGUCUGCAUAGGAGCCCUCUCUGGUCCCUGGGAUGGGGUGGUGGGGUUGGGGAGACGUUUACAAAGAGACUUACUCUGCCCUUGAACACACACAAGGUCAUUCUCUGUGUCCUGUCUGCGUAACCCUCAGGCUGUAAGGACCAGCAUGGGGGCAGAAAUUGUGCAUCGAGGCUGCCUCUGUCUCUCCAAAACACCCCAGAAAACAAAACAAAACAAAACAAAACAAAACAGACCCACCCUUCUAACUCUAGACACACCAGGAAA